GAGCUGAAUUUCCUGUCCACUCGGUGUGCAGAGCCGCGCGCGCGUCAAGCGGAGCUUUUCUCUUCCUCCAGAACCGGAGCCGCUGAUACACACACACACACACACACACAUAUACACACACACACACACACCGGGAAAGAUGUUCAGAAGUCUCGCAGCUGUCGUUCUGCUGGCUGCAGUUUGCUGUCAUGCUCAGGAACCUCAGAGCAAGUCGAAGGUGUGUGCUAAUGUGUUCUGCGGUGCAGGAAGAGAGUGUGCAGUAACAGAGAAAGGCGAGCCCACCUGCCUAUGUAUUGAGCAAUGUAAACCUCAUAAGCGCUCUGUGUGUGGCAGUAACGGGAAAACAUACAGAAACCACUGCGAGCUUCACAGAGACGCCUGCCUUACCGGACUCAAGAUCCAAGUGGCACAUGACGGCCACUGCAGAGAGAGGAAAACGGAGAAAGCUGUUGCCAGUCCAGUGGUCUGCUACGUGGGUGACCGUAACGAACUGCGCAGGCGUGUGAUUGAAUGGCUGCAGACUGAAGUCGUUCCAGAUGGCUGGUUCACCAAAGGCUCCAACUUCACCGAUAUCCUGCUCAAGUACUUCAAGAACUACGAUAACGGUGACUCACAGCUGGACUCGGCUGAACUUCUGAGCUUCAUCCAGCACAACGAGUCAGCAGUGGAGCUGCACUCGUAUGCAGAGGAAGAGAACAACCGCCUGCUCAGGAGUCUGUGUGUGGACGCAUUAAUCGAGCUCUCAGACCAGAACGCUGACUGGAAGCUGAGCUUUGAUGAGUUCCUCAACUGCCUUCGUCCAGGAUUCAACCCUCCAGAGAAGAAGUGUGCUUUAGAGGAUGAGACCUAUGAAGAUGGUGCAGAGACUCAGGUGGACUGUAACCUCUGUGUCUGCGCAUGCGGCAACUGGGUCUGCACUGCCAUGACCUGUGACGAGAAAACCCCAGCUCUCGAGCCGGGAACUGGUGAUGAGGAGAUGACGGAGGAGGAGUGGAGUCUGCGUGUGGCUGAACUCAACAAACAUCAGGAGACUGUGGAGCAGAUGAAGUCCAGCACAAAGGAGGUUUAAAGAAGGUGCGAGGAGAAAGAGGUCACAGUCAGAUGACACACUAUUACUGGGAGAACCACAUCAUGUAUUGUUUUCUAUCUUUGACUAUGUUUAUCUAUCAUUGAUUUUUCUGUGUAACGUCAUUAUAAUCGUUUUAGGUCGACGUGUUCUCUAUGUCCGUGUUUGUGUGUCACUAAGUGCUGUACGUUUUUUUUUGUUUGUUUGUUUUUUUAUUGCAUCAUGCUAAGCCUUCUCCAAGGCACCCCAGCACUAUUUUUGUAUUUUGGCUUCUUUUUUUUUUUUUUUUUAACUCUAUGUAUCAUUAUUUUUUGUCACGUAUUUUUGUCUUUUUAGAUUUAGAUUUUAUUGCAUAUGAUUGAGACAAUGGCAAUAGAUGGAGGAGAAGAGUGAGGGAGGGAGACCGGCUGGACUGACUCAGCUGUUACACCACGUCAGUUAAAAAAAAAAAAAAAUCAAGAUUGUGGCGUCGUUAUCUUUAUCAGCAUAUCAAGCCAUAAGAGAAACGUAGAACGAGAAAGCAGGUUACGUCACAAGUGCGAUAUCAGCUGAGGUCUCCUUUCACACACUCUCUGUUUCCAUGCAGACAAGGCGGUCAUAGUCUUGAGACCUUUCAAAAAAGGUGCUAAUAUGGAUUUCUUUCUUUCUUUCAUUCUUUUUUUUUUGCAGCACAGCUUUCUUGCUCUUUCAGCAUGCUCCUAGAGUACAUCUAUCUAGCUCGCUAGGCAGAAUUAGAAAACCGUAGAUUUGUUGACAUGUAGACCUGUAUACAGUAGGAGCUCCACUCCUCCAUACGCUGUGAUUCGUCAGCUAUCUCGCGAAAAGACAGUGAUGUAAUCUCCAAAACUGACAGGAAGACGUUCGCAGCAUGGAUGCUCCACUUCGCUCCUGCUUCUAGUUAGUGGAGCUGCUUUAUGUAGAAGUACCUAGUUCGUGUUCCAGCUCUGUUAGCGUGCUCAUUUCUGUCAGAAGGAACAAGAACAAGGACAAAAGUGUAAAAAAUUACAAACAGACUGAGAAUGAGUGUUUAAGAAAAAGAAAAAAAAAAACCAAAGCCUGAUGUUUCGAGUGUUGAAGUGUUUGUACAGAUCCUCCAGGUAAACCACUACUCUGGACCCAGCAACAACAUCAUACCUUUUAUUUCAUGCAGCUGUCAGACUGAAGAUUAGAUGAUUAGAUUCACUUUCACGUCCUUCGCUUUGAUGCUUUCUUACUGCAUGUGUGCGUGUGGCUGCAGAGGUGCGUCUGUAUUUGCGUGUAUGUCUGAGCGAGUGAUGCAGCGUGUACGUACGUGUUCGCUUUCUUUUUCUCUUUAUUCCAUUAAUAUCACGUUUUUAUGAUACCGAGUGCCUUAAAUAUACAUCCGCAGAUAGAAUGGCCUUCUCUCGUGUCUAAUCACAGAUUUGUAGGAUUCCAUGAAGAACUUUGCAGUGUUACGGUAAUCGAGCAGAAGUUGCCCUGCGUGACGGACUGAGACAGAAAUAAACCAUUUCUUGUUAACUUUGAAUUGUAUUUGAAUUUACUUGUAUUAUGACUCUGUACUGUAUGUCAAUAAAAGAAAUACACACCACA